UUUUGGGCUUCACUUAUGUUACGCUUGGCAGUUGUCAACCCAAAUUUCGACCCAUCCCGAUAUUAAAACCGUUGAUAUAAACUCAGAAGUCAGUGGUGCCAUAUAUCGACUGAAUUUCCUCCGAUUCUAAAUCUUCCCAACAAGAAAAAGGAAAUGAAAGUGAAAAUUCAUUCCAUUGAUAGAAAAUUCUAAGCCUGAAAAUAAUCGCUGCUAUCAGCUUCUGAGGAGAAGAAUUCUUGAAGAGAAGAUUAAGAAAUGGGGAAAGAUGAGGAUGAGAUGAGGGGGGAAAUAGAGGAGCGGCUGGUUAACGAGGAGUACAAAAUUUGGAAGAAGAAUACUCCAUUUCUUUACGAUCUGGUAAUUACUCAAGCUCUUGAAUGGCCGUCUCUUACAGUAGAGUGGCUGCCGGACCGGGAGGAGCCGCCGGGAAAGGAUUACUCGGUACAGAAGAUGAUUCUCGGGACUCAUACUUCUGAGGACGAACCCAAUUAUCUCAUGCUGGCUCAGGUUCAGCUUCCUUUCGAGGAUGCUGAGAACGACGCUAGACAUUACGAGGAUGACCACUCAAAAUUUGGGGGAUUUGGCUGCGCCGACGGCAAGAUGCAAAUUAUCCAACAAAUUAAUCACGAUGGAGAGGUCAACCGGGCUCGAUAUAUGCCCCAAAACCCAUUUGUUAUUGCCACUAAAACAGUUAGUUCAGAAGUCUAUGUAUUUGAUUAUAGCAAACAUCCAUCUAAGCCCCCUGUAGACAGUGCAUGUAACCCUGAUUUGAGGCUGAGGGGACACAAUAGUGAAGGUUAUGGUUUGUCCUGGAGUCAAUUCAGGCAUGGUCAUUUAUUGAGUGGUUCUGAUGAUGCCCAAAUAUGUUUGUGGGACAUCAAUGCAACUCCCAAAAAUAAGGCUCUAGAUGCAAUGCAGAUAUUUAAGGUUCAUGAAGGAGUUGUCGAAGACGUAGCAUGGCAUCUCAGGCACGAGUACUUGUUUGGUUCAGUUGGGGAUGAUCAGUAUCUGCAUAUAUGGGAUCUCCGUUCUCCAUUAGUCAGCAGGCCUAUUCAAUCUGUAGUUGGUCAUCAAAGUGAGGUAAACUGUUUAGCUUUCAAUCCCUUUAAUGAGUGGGUUGUCGCAACUGGCUCCACUGACAAGACUGUUAAAUUAUUUGAUCUUCGAAAGAUUUCUACUGCACUCCACACCUUUGAUGGUCACAAGGAAGAGGUUUUCCAGGUUGGAUGGAAUCCAAAGAAUGAGACCAUCUUAGCUUCUUGCUGUCUCGGUAGGAGGAUCAUGGUGUGGGAUCUUAGCAGGAUCGAUGAAGAACAGACACCGGAGGAUGCUGAAGAUGGCCCCCCAGAGUUGUUAUUUAUUCAUGGUGGUCACACUAGUAAAAUUUCAGACUUUUCAUGGAACCCCUGUCAAGACUGGGUUGUUGCUAGUGUAGCUGAGGAUAACUUAUUACAAAUUUGGCAGAUGGCUGAGAAUAUCUACCACGAUGAAGAUGAUCUACCUGGGGAUGAUUCUACUAAAGGUUCUUAAUUCUUGAUUUUUCAAUUUAGGCAGUGUCCUUUCAUUAGGUUGUUUCAAUCUUACAAUAUUUUGUUUUAUUUGAUAUUUGUUUGUUUCAAUCUUUCAAUUGUAUGUGAGAGUGAGUAAACAUUUUAUACAAAUGUGUGAGUACAAAUAUCUUUAUCCAGCAAAUGAAUUUGGUCUUAUAAAUAA